UCGUCUCAUCGCCGCAUCGCCGCAGCAGCCACCACUCCCACCCCCCGACUCAUCGGCGCUCACCCGCGAUGGCGGCGGCGAUCUCCGGCGCGCAGCUCGUCCUAUCCUCCUCCCCGUCCUCCGCCUUCUCCUCCUCCUCCUCCUCAUCCGGCCUUCUGCGCCUCCAGCCGCGCGCCGCGCGGGUCUCGGUCGCCGCCGCCGUGUCCGCGCGACGCGGGGUCGCUGCCGCCGCGGUGUCGAGCCCCUCCGUCGCGUCCGACGCUGGUCAAGAUGCCAAACAGGUUCCUAAGGACUUCCUACAUAUCGAUGAUUUUGACAAGGAUACAAUCAUGAAAAUCCUUAAUCGGGCGAUUGAGGUGAAGGCAAUGAUAAAGUCGGGAGACAGGAGCUUCCAACCUUUCAAAGGAAAGUCAAUGGCAAUGAUAUUUGCCAAGCCAUCAAUGAGAACCCGUGUUUCAUUUGAGACAGGAUUCUUCUUGCUUGGUGGCCAUGCUAUCUAUUUGGGUCCUGAUGAUAUCCAGAUGGGCAAGCGUGAGGAGACCCGUGAUGUUGCUCGUGUGCUUUCUGGAUAUAAUGACAUCCUUAUGGCCAGGGUUUUUGCUCACCAAGACAUUUUGGACUUGGCAAAGUAUGCACCUGUACCUGUCAUAAAUGGGCUUACAGACUAUAACCAUCCGUGCCAGAUAAUGGCUGAUGCACUCACUAUGCUCGAACAUAUUGGUCGUAUUGAAAACACUAAGGUUGUCUAUGUUGGUGAUGGGAACAAUAUUGUCCACUCAUGGCUUCGAUUGGCUGCUGUACUUCCUUUACACUUUGUAUGUGCCUGUCCUAAGGGCUUUGAGCCAGAUGCAGAGACUGUGGAGAUAGCCAGGAAUGCUGGAAGUAAGAUUGAAAUAACAGAUGAUCCCAAGGAAGCAGUCAAGGGAGCAGAUGUCGUGUAUACAGAUGUCUGGGCCAGCAUGGGCCAAAAGGAAGAAGCUGAAUAUAGAAAAAAAGUGUUCCAAGGAUUCACGGUGGAUGAAGCUAUGAUGGAGAUGGCUGGUCCAAACGCCUUCCUUAUGCACUGUUUACCUGCGGAGAGAGGGAUAGAGGUAACAGAUGGCGCCAUUGAGGCCCCCAACUCAAUCGUAUUCCCCCAAGCUGAGAAUAGAAUGCACGCCCAGAAUGCCAUCAUGCUCCACGUCCUUGGCGCCUAGACCUACAAUCAUCGUUUACCAGUUAAAUGAAUCUUGAUAUGUGAAUGGCGUUACUGAAGAACUGAGAUUAUUUUGGUUUUCGCAAUGCAAUCUUUAGAGUUAUCUGGAUGCGGGAGGGUAGAUUUUGGAGCAGUCCACUCACUAUAUUCAGAUACUUUGGAUUGUUUGGUAACCAUACUGUUUUGUACUUGUCGUUGUAGCUGCGUGUACUGUACCAGGUUGGUAAUCCUGAAUAAAUGCUGCAUCUUUAUAGUCCA